AUGAAAGGGGGCCACCGGCAACGGGCAUGCGGGUGUCAGCACCUGUUUGGAAAAUUGCUCCGUAAAUGUGGAUGCUGUUUUGUCCAAGUCAGAGCGGAUUCGUACUCCGUGGCGACUGUUGAUGGUUCCGUUAACCCGGCGCUGGGCCCUGUGCCCCAGCUGGCCUCCGGCAGCUCCAGCCCCGGCUCUGGAGGAUCAAGGCACCCCGUCAGCACCUUGAAAAAGUGGCUCACCAGUCCAGUUCGUAAACUAAGCUCCGACGCCAGAGGAGCAAAUAGGCGGGUAGAGAAGCAGAUGUGCAGAUCGGACGGGAGACCGCAGCCAUCGCUCCUCUCCCAGCCAAGGCCUUUGGACCUGCAUGAUAGCAACUACACAAUCCUUCCCUCUGCAGAUGGAGUAUGGAAAGACAACCCGUUGAGUCCUAAAGCUUCAUCUCCUCUGCAGCCUUCCCAUCAGAUUGACUUAUCGGACCUUCUGCAAGGCGGAGAUGCUCAGAGUCUUAGCUACCAUACCAGUGUCAACACUCUCCAAGCUGACGACGUGAUGGAGGAUGCUGGAAGCCAGUGGUCUGUCGCGGUGGACAGUGAGGAAGAGAGAAACAUUGCCUUUGAGAAGAGUCUGUAUGUGCUGACAGAGCUGAUCGAGACAGAAAGGUUGUAUGUGGAAGAUCUUGGACUCAUUGUACAGGGCUAUAUGGCGACCAUGACCAAUCAGGGCGUUCCAGAAGACCUUAAAGGGAAAGAGAGGAUUGUUUUUGGAAACAUUCAACAGAUCCAUGACUGGCAUAAGAGUUAUUUCCUGGGCGAGCUGGAGAAAUGUGUGACAGACCCAGACUCUUUGGCCGAGCUCUUCAUCAAGCAUGAACGUCGUCUUCACAUGUAUGUGGUUUACUGUCAGAACAAGCCCAAAUCAGAGCAUGUUGUCUCUGAGUACAUUGAGACCUUUUUUGAGGAUCUCAGGCAGCAGUUGGGUCACAGGCUGCAACUCAACGACCUGCUGAUCAAGCCGGUCCAACGGAUCAUGAAGUAUCAGCUUCUGUUGAAGGACUUCCUAAAGUAUUACAGCAAAGCAGGACGGAAUGUAAAGCAACUUCAGAGGGCAGUGGAGGUGACUUGUUUUGUGCCUAAAAGAUGCAAUGACAUGAUGAAUUUAGGCAGGCUGCAAGGCUUUGAGGGUAAAAUCACAGCUCAGGGGAAACUUCUUCAGCAGGAUACUUUCUCUGUGAGUGAGCAGGAAGGCUGCAUCCUGUCCAGACCCAAAGAAAGGAGGGUCUUCCUGUUUGAGCAGCUGGUCAUCUUCAGCGAGCCAAUUGAUAAGAAAAAGGGAUUUUCUUUACCAGGCUAUACGUUUAAAAACAGCAUAAAGGUCAGCUGCUUGGGUGUGGAGCAGAAUUCCGGCGAGAGCCCAUGCUCUCUCGUCCUGACAUCCCGUGGGACAAAUAGCAGCGUGACUCGCUUUAUCAUGCAGGCAUUUUCUCCAGAAAUACAACAAGCUUGGCUAAGUGACGUACUGCAGAUUCUAGAGACCCAAAGGAACUUCCUUAAUGCCCUUCAGUCUCCGAUUGAGUACCAACGCAGGGAGAGCAAAUCAAACAGUCUCGGCAGGAACAUGAAGUCUCCGAGUAGCCUGCAGCCUUACUCAUCAGCGUCUAUGGACCGCCACCAGCAGCCCGGCCUGCUGGCUUACAACACCUCUCUUCCAUCGCUACAUCCGCAUCAUCACAGCCCAGCUGUGAAAGCAGUUUCUAACCCAUGUGCCACGACGCAUCAAGCGACCCGCCUUCAUAUGUCGUCAGAGCCACAGCUAACUUUGAGUCCUGAAGCGACUGGAAGCCACGGGAUGGCAAUUUCUCUGCCACCUUGCAGCCAGCACAGCAUGCAGGUUAACGUGGUAGCCCAGCUUCUGGCUUGGUUGUCAGAGCAUCCGCCUGCCAUGCUGGACGCGUCGUACGCGUGGGUUCGAGAUCUGUACUGGGCAAGGGAGACGGAUCGUGUCGCAUGGCGCUAA